CGCUGCUGUCCCAGAAGUCUCCGGGAAACGGCCGCGCUACGUGGGCGACUCGUUGAUCCGGGGAAGAUGGCGGUGCCGUAGCCGCGCCGAUAGGUGGAGUGCAGGCCGUGGCCGUCCGCUCGGCUGGGAGAACAGGCCGUCCCGAAGCUGGUGACCGCCCUCUGUGUAUGACCUUGGCAGCCGGGCACCAUGGACCUGGCGUACGUCUGUGAGUGGGAGAAAUGGCCCAAGAGCACGCACUGCCCUUCGGUGCCCCUGGCCUGUGCCUGGUCCUGCCGCAACCUCAUCGCCUUUACCACGGAUCUCCGAAACGACGACCAGGACCUGACCCGCAUGAUCCACAUCCUGGAUACGGAGCACCCCUGGGACGUGCACUCCAUCAACUCGGAGCACAGCGAGGCCAUCACCUGCCUCGAGUGGGACCAGUCAGGCUCCCGGCUGCUGUCGGCCGAUGCUGAUGGGCAGAUCAAGUGCUGGACCAUGGCAGACCACCUGGCCAACAGCUGGGAGAGCCCAGUGGGCAGCCUGGUGGAGGGGGACCCCAUCGUGGCCUUGUCCUGGCUGCACAAUGGUGUGAAGCUGGCCCUGCACGUGGAAAAGUCGGCCGCCUCCAGCUUUGGCGAGAAGUUCUCUCGUGUCAAGUUCUCACCCUCGCUCACGCUGUUUGGGGGCAAGCCCAUGGAGGGCUGGAUUGCCGUGACGGUCAGUGGCCUGGUCACUGUGUCCCUGCUCAAGCCCAGCGGGCAGGUGCUGACCUCCACAGAGAGCCUGUGCCGGCUGCGUGGCCGUGUGGCCCUGGCUGACAUCGCCUUCACGGGCGGCGGCAACAUCGUGGUGGCCACAGCGGACGGCAGCAGCGCAUCCCCAGUACAGUUCUACAAGGUGUGCGUGAGCGUGGUUAGUGAGAAGUGCCGCAUCGACACUGAGAUCCUGCCCUCCCUUUUCAUGCGCUGCACCACUGACCUCAACCGCAGGGACCGCGUCCCCGCCAUCACCCACCUCAAGUUCCUGGCCCGCGACAUGUCGGAGCAGGUGCUGCUCUGCGCAUCCAGCCAGACGACCAGCGUGGUGGAGUGCUGGUCACUGCGGAAGGAGGGGCUGCCUGUGAACAACAUCUUCCAGCAGCUCUCGCCCGCGGUUGGUGACAAACAGCCCAUGAUUCUCAAAUGGCGGAUCCUGUCAGCCACCAACGACCUGGACCGUGUGUCCGCCGUGGCACUGCCCAAGCUGCCCAUCUCGCUCACCAACACUGACCUGAAGGUGGCCAGCGACACCCAGUUCUACCCCGGCCUGGGACUGGCCCUGGCCUUUCACGACGGCAGUGUCCACAUCGUGCACCGGCUCUCGCUGCAGUCCAUGGCCGUUUUCUACAGCUCUGCAGCCCCACGCUCCAUGGAUGAGCCAGCCAUCAAGCGUCCGCGGACCACAGGCCCUGCCGUCCAUUUCAAGGCCAUGCAGCUCUCCUGGACCUCCCUGGCCCUUGUGGGCAUCGACAACCACGGCCGACUGAGCAUGUUGCGCAUCUCGCCCUCCCUGGGCCACGCUCUGGACGUGGGCCUGGCCCUGCGGCACCUGCUCUUCCUGCUGGAGUACUGCAUGGUGACCGGCUACGACUGGUGGGACAUCCUGUUGCACGUGCAGCCUGGCAUGGUGCAGAGCCUGGUGGAGAAGCUGCAUGAGGAGUACACGCGCCAGAAGGCUGAGCUGCAACAGGUCCUCUCCACCCGGAUCCUGGCCAUGAAAGCCUCACUCUGCAAGCUCUCACCCUGCACGGUGACACGGGUGUGCGACUACCAUGCCAAGCUCUUCCUUAUUGCCAUCAGCUCCACGCUCAAAUCGCUGCUGCGCCCUCAUGUCCUCAACACACCCGACAAGAGUCCUGGUGACCGGCUGACCGAGAUCUGCACCAAGAUCACAGACGUUGACAUUGACAAGGUCAUGAUCAACCUCAAGACGGAAGAGUUUGUCCUGGACAUGAACACGCUCCAGGCACUACAGCAGCUCCUGCAGUGGGUGGGAGACUUUGUGCUCUACCUGUUGGCCAGCCUGCCCAACCAGGGCUCCCCACUGCGACCAGGCCACAGCUUCCUGCGGGACGGCACCUCGCUGGGCAUGCUGCGUGAGCUGAUGGUCGUCAUCCGCAUCUGGGGCCUGCUGAAGCCCAGCUGCCUGCCUGUGUAUACGGCCACCUCAGACACCCAGGACAGCAUGUCCCUGCUUUUCCGCCUGCUCACGAAGCUCUGGAUCUGCUGCCGUGAUGAAGGCCCCACGAGUGAGCCAGAUGAGGCACUGGUGGAUGAGUGCUGUCUUCUGCCCAGCCAGCUGCUCAUCCCUAACCUUGACUGGCUGCCCGUCAGCGAUGGCCUCGUCAGCCGCCUGCAGCCCAAGCAGCCCCUGCGUCUGCAUUUCGGCAAGGCUCCCACUCUGCCUGGCAGCGCCACGACCUUGCAGCUGGAUGGCCUCAUCAGGGCGCCGGGCCAGCCCAAGAUGGACCACCUGAGGAGGCUGCACCUGGGCGCCUACCCCACAGAGGAGUGCAAGGCCUGCACCAGGUGCGGCUGCGUCACCAUGCUCAAGUCGCCCAAUAAGGCGACAGCUGUCAAACAGUGGGAGCAGCGCUGGAUCAAGAACUGCCUGUGUGGAGGGCUUUGGCGGCGGCUGCCUCUCAGCUACCCCUGACCAGGGCCCAGCCCUGUGUUGUCUUUUGGUUGUUUAUGGUUUCCUUUGCUGUGCAAAAUGUAAGUGGGUUCCUGAUGGAUUUAAAGCUGGCCACGCUGUCCCCUCGCCAGUGGCAGAGCAGCUGCAUACUCUGGACCUUCAGCGGGUGCGUUAGACAACGCCACCUUGAACUGUGCUUUGGAAAUCUUUUCAGGCACAGUUAGUGCCCCGUGACCAACGGGGUAGGUGAGGACCCAACCUGAAGCCUCCAGUUGGUGUCCUCAGCCCAGUGGGCACUCCUCUUUCUUCCUCGGAGCCUAGUGGUGGAUCCCAGGGAUUCAGGAGGAGGGCCUGGCUGCAUGGCCGCCAUGCCAACUGGAGACAAGACCUCUCUGCCCCGGGCAGAGCCACAGCUCCCAGGCUGCCCCCCGGCGAGCCCAGUGACCUCUCUGGAUGCCUCUGGUCCCAGCUCGGAGGAUUCUGGACAGUCCAGGCCCUUGUCCUUUAGAAAGUCCCCCAUGAACCUCCUGGGCACAGUGACUGCUUGUUGGCAGUGACACCAGCCGAGCCCUGCCUCGGUCUCCUCAACUGUACCUGUCUGUGCUGUGUGCUUCUGUCCCGCGGUCUGUGGGCUGGGCAGGUCCAGCAAAUGUCCACACUGGAUUGCAGGUGUCUUCCCAGCAUCCAGGUGCCACCCCAGAAGCCGCCUCCUUUGGUGCCUCCCUCCCCCUCCCCAGGCUGUGGUUCUGCCCCUGCGUGUUGCUCUCUCACUCUGUCAGCACAUAUUGAGCACCUCGUGUAUGCGAGGCGCAGGGGUUCCUGCGGGGCCAUGGACUGGAAGUGGCGGUGGACGUGCUCCCACCACCUCCCAGCAUCUCUGUCUCUUUCUUCCCUGCCCUCCUCCUCCAGGAUUCUGGGAGCUCAGGCCUUGUCCCCAGGGGUCCUCCCUCUGCCUGAACCACUUGGACCGAUUAAGGCCGGCUCCCCGCAGGCCUUGAGGCUCAGUGCAGCCUGUUAAGUGGUAAUUGGUUCUUGUUUUCCUCCUGGAGGCUGGCAGGGGGCAGGCCAUGUGGGCGCUGUGUUGGGCUUUCAGGGCAUGGUGGCACCCCAGGGGCCCCAUUACCUGGGUCGGGGGGCCUCGUUUGCCGCUUUCCCACCGCUUUCCCACCGCAACCGUGCACUUGAUGGCCUUGGCAACUCUGUCCCCUCAGGGUGGCCUCCCCCAUGCAGGAGAGGAAGGAGAGCUCCAGGCGGCCCUCCCAGCCCUCCCUGACCUUCCCCUCGGUGCCACAGCCUGGAGGAGGCCUUUCUUCUGAGUCCUGCGUAUUUUUUUCUCAGCUUUUUACCUCAUUUGACCAUAUAUUUUUAAAGAAAUUUGCCUUUUUCAAGUCACUCUGAAGUCUUUAAACUAGUUAAUUGUUUUAGGAAAA